GACGAAAAUGGAAUUAAUAUAAUAUGUAAAUAAAUAUAUUGUGAAUUUCAAAUGGUCGUUCUGAUUAGAGGCAAUUAGCAGAUUAGUAGAGCAAUCAGCUGAAUGUGACAGCUGCUUGGAAGUGCUUUGUCAUUUUCAUUGUUAUUAACUAACCUCAAAUCCCCAAGAAAUAAAAUUAUUUAUUCUUCAUCAUGGAAAAUAAUAUUUCCUAUUUCGAUUUGGAAUUUGUUCGUGAUAAUUUCAAAUUAGCGAUGGUUGAAAAUGAUGAUGUCAAUUUAGAACUCUAUUUAAAAAGCUUUGAUGAGUUGAAUAAAUUCUUUUGUCUACUGGGGACAAUUUUUGGUUUUGUUAAGUCGGAACUCGCCGGAAAAAUGAUUAUACUUCGAGAAUUUUUGAGCAAGCCUGAUGAAGCCCAUCACUUCUCAACUGUAUUAAAUAUGGUAGAAUAUGAAAGAGAGCAUAAUCUUUUAGGCAAAGACAAUUACGUUUCUGGAUCUAGAACUUUGCUUCGGUUGCACAGGAGUUUGGAAUUUAUUCAAGCUUUUUUAAGAAGCAUAAAUGAUUUAAAAGAGGAGGAAAGUACUUCGGGUCCAUGUAUUAAAGCUUAUGAAGAUACCCUCGGUCACCAUCAUACCUUUUUGAUAAGAACCGGUGCUAAAAUUGCAAUGUAUACUCUACCUACAAAACAUCAAUUGCUUUCUAAUGUUUGUGGAAGCGAAGAAAAUAUCAAGAAGGCUGAGGACAUACUACCAGAAACAUUAGGAAUCAUUUCGGAGAUUUAUGAUAGAGUUCAGAAAAUAUACAAGGAUCGUAAUCUCCUAUCACUAAAAUAAUAUCAGGUUUUCUUGCGUCUCAAGCAAUGAGUAAUUUGAGUUGAUGUCAAAUCAUUUUUACUUAUUUGUUCAUUGCUACAGGUAUUAGAAUUGCUCAUUUCAAAUCUUGUGAAAUUUUUUGAGUUGAGAUUCAACUGGAGAACUAGUGUAAACAAGCUCAAUAUUUUGAAGUAUCAUUAUUGAAAAAAGGCAAAUAUUAGAUUCCUGAUUUGAGAUAUAGAUAAAAACAAAUUUAGUCGGUUUUCCUGUAUUUGAAAGAAGUGUAUGUGAAAAAGAAAUAUUAGAAGUUCAGUUUGGAUACAUAUCAUUAAUUUAUUUUGGGAAAGUGAGAGUGAUCAUCACUUUCAGUUAAUUCAACUUCAUUUCUUCCAAAUUCUUAAAUUGCUUGUACAAAUCAAAUGAUUCUCAAACUUCUUAUCACAAAUGUGGAAGCUAUUAUCCCUUUUGUUUAUGUGCCUAGUAAUACUUCUACUAAUGACUAAUUAAGUGUUGAAAUCCUUAUUACAGGUAACAGAUUUCCUGACUCACAUGUGUAGAAGUAGAAAAUGUUUCACUAUUUGGCAGUUGAUUGAAAAAACAGGCUAUUUGACGCAAAAAAUCCCAAUUAACUGAUAGGAUAUAAUUCUAAGAAGACCUAUUAUCAUGUCAUGAGAAACAAACUGGUUUGGGCGCUAAUGUUGACCUCAGUUUGAAGUAAACAGUUUUUUACACUACAGCAAUCUGAAAUUUUUACAUUUUCUACAACGAAAAUACGCUAGUUAUUUUGACAGUCUGAACAGAUUCAUUAAAACAACAUUGAAUUCUUAUCUCAAACAGAUUGCUAUAGUUAGAAGUAAUGAAUCAGUAUGAAGUAAUAUUUACAAAAAAAAAUACCACUUACAGGUUGUGUAAAAUUGCAUUUUGAAUUCAGCUUCUUCGAUUAUAAUUAUUUUUUGAAAAAUGUUGAUGCAAAUCAGAAAUAGCACUCUAUAUGAGCUCAAUCAAUGAACUAUUUGUGAUUGUUUGAAAAAUUUGUUAAAUAGCCUAUUAACAAUGCCUGCCAAACUUAAUUUAGAGAUUUGAAAGCUUUGAAAUCUAUUAAUCUCCUACAUAUCCUUGUCUUACUGCAUAUAUAAAAUCAUUGUGAAUGAAUUUUUUACCAACUAUAAACCAAGUUAGCAAUGUUGUAAGUUAGCAGUAUUAAAAUUUUCUCAUUACUCUACGGUACCUAAAUAAGCUUUUAUUUUAUCUUGGUGAAUAUUGCCAAAGAUAUUUAGGAAAAUAUUCUUUAUAAAACUUGCCAUUUUAUUGUAGAAUUUGAAAUGCUCAUUGAUAAAUCAUGAGGUGCUUUUGCACUGAUUGUUUAUUGAAGUUUUAAUGUGAUGUGGAGAAAUUAUUCCAUCAAUCUUUAUAAGCUUAAAAUUAUUAUCUAAUUCAUGAUUCAAGUAAAUUGAUUAGUAUUACAGGAUUAGUAAUUUCAUUUUCAUUAUUGUCAGUAAAAAAGUCAGAUUGCUCUUUUUUUUUUAAAUAAGAUCAUAAAAAAAUUUAUAAACGAACUUGUUGGAGUGUACAUCAUAGCUUUUAUUAUGCUCAAAAAUUCAUUUUGUCAUCUCAAUUUUUAUGAUGCAAGUAAAUAGAUUCAUCAGAAUAUUCAUUCCAUUUUUCACCCCACACUUUUAUACAUUUGUAAGAUCUGAUUAUUAUUGAAUGCGUAAUUUCCUAGGCCAUUAUACUUUACCAAUUCCAUUAAUUGAAAUGUUUGAAUUAUUUAUAAUUAGUCAAUUGUUAUAAAAAUUUUGUUUUUCUCAAUUAUAUUUCAACUAAAGAUUGUAAUUAUUGUUCAAGCUCUUUCUCAGGUAAUGUAUGAAAGAAUAUAUAUUGGAGUUCUUGAUUAUUAACUAAACAGAUGUUCCAUGCAUUUUUGUUGUAUUUAUUAUUUUUAUGUUAAAAUAUUGACAUUAAAUUUAAGGAAUUUUUCAUGUAUUUAAUCACUUGAGAUUCUGCUCAAUGUUUUGGGAUGUUGCUUAUGAUAGUUAAUUAUUGGAAACGAAUUCUUUUCCAGACGAAAUAUCCCACAUGUUGGAGCUAUUUUUAUUUGCUUGUUGAAAAGUGCAUUGAAGUUGUUGAUAAUGUAUUAAGAAAUGAUUAAAAAAAUAAACUUAUGCUAUCUA